AAAACAAAACAAAAAAAAAUACCCUGAUCCAUGUAAUGGGAGGUGUGAAACAAGAACAGAGUGAUGUUCCCACGCAGAGGAGUGGUCACCCCUCCGACGCCACCCAAGAUGAGAGCACACUCGCCAUACAGCCGGUGAAAAAACGAGGGUGGCCGAAAGGGAAGAAGAGAAAGAAGGUGUUGCCCAACGGUCCGAAGGCGCCGGUGACGGGCUACGUCCGCUUCCUGAACGAGCGGAGAGAACAGAUCCGCGCUCUACACCCCGACCUGCCUUUCCCGGAGAUUACCAAGAGACUGGGCGCGGAGUGGAGCAGGCUGGCCCCUCACGACAAGCAGCGGUAUCUGGACGAGGCGGAGAGAGAAAAGGUGCAGUAUGCCCGGGAGCUGAAGGAGUACCAGCAGAGCGAGGCUUACCAGAUCACCACAGCCAAAGUCCAGGACAAGAGAAUCAAGAAAGAGGAGCUGGCAUCAGUCAUUAUCAGUGCUAAUAAUUCUGGAGCGGCAGCCCUGAAGGGUUCGGACCUUUCGAACAGGUUUGACGUCCCCAUUUUCACAGAGGAGUUCUUGGACCAGAACAAAGCACGGGAGGCGGAGUUGCGACGGCUACGUAAAGCGAACGUGGAGUUCGAGGAACAGAACGCUGUUUUGCAGAAGCACAUAGCAGACAUGUACAGCGCCAAGGAGCGUCUGGAGGCCGAACUGGGUCAGGACGAACUCCGCGUCCAGGCUCUGCAGCGCCACCUGCUGUCCAUUAAGCAGACCCUUGUCAGCAGCCUGGCCUCUGUGGCCCUCCCUGGCACCGGGGAGACUCCCUCUAUCGGGAACCUGGACGCUUACCUGAGUCGACUGAGCAGUACCUUGGAGAGCAGCCCCAAUGAACACCGGGCCUUGGUGCACAAACUGCAGGAGGUCCUGGCCCACUUUGACAGUGACAAGCUGUGAGUGUGACAUGUGGACACCAUCAUCGUCAUCAUCAUCAUCUUCUUCAUCUUCAGCAUCAUCAUCCUCUCCAGACACAGAGACGCACCGGCCCGGAAGGGUUUUAACCCCUUCCUGGCCUUCACGACGGCUUAUGGUGGUGCUACCAGGGCAUGGAUCCCUUCUCUGAUACAGGGACGGGACCAGUCAAGAUCCGCUUUUCUACUCGGUUUCACAUGGUUUCCUGUGAGUGGUGUUAGCUAGCUACAGGUUUUUUCUUGGUUUUUUUUUUUUGUAUUGUCUGGGUCAGUUCUGUAGCGUUUGGUUAGCAUUAGCCUCAUCACUGGAAACAUUAAAGGAGCAUGAAUCGCAUGCUUGUGUAUCUUCCAGAUAAUUGUGGUGAAAACAACACUCAGUAAAUAUGUGUAAUAUUUUUUUAUUCGUAGGUGAGUUGAGCUCUCCUUUUCAGGUACAAGAAACCAGUCUUGAUAAAACAGCAAGACUGAACAUUAAUGAAUUAAAAAAAAAAAAAAAAAAUGAUGAAUUAAUUUCCAUCCUGACUAGGAUUGUACAGUAUUACAGUCACACCCUGUGCCAAUUAUUUUGGCAUCAAAAACAUGUAGUUAAGAUUUUUAUUUUACUUUUUUUUUGUUAUAUUUACUAAUUUGCGAUAGCCUUUUCCAUCUGUCAUUCCCUAAAGAUGUUUACAAAUAAACUGCUACUCUGGAACAGACGGCAAGCUGCUACUUGCUUUGAGAGAAUUCUUUUACUGUACAAUUUUUACACUAUUGGAAUCUGGACUGUUUUAACUUGGGUCUGUGGCAUUUUGGCGGGGUCAGAGAUGGGCACACAUCAGUGCCUGACCCUGGAUGGAAAUAGGUAUUUAUAGAGGAAUUCAUAAUCUUAUUUGUGAGAAUACACGAAUUAAAAUUGUUUUUUUUGUUUGUUUGUUUGUUGUGUGUCAGAGGUUUGUAUGUUUGCAGAGGGUGUAAUGAUCUUUGCUUUCAGUUUUUAAUGUCACAUUAAAUAAAUAUUGAGCUUUUA